AAGCAAGUGAAUUUUGGCUCAAGCUGUUCAAGAGUCACCAUGAAGCUCAGAAGCAGCAGUGUGAUCUUGCAGGUGCAACUGCUCGCUUGGUGCGGCACCUAUGCGAGUGACGCUUUUUCUUCUUCCACCUGUGAACACGAUGCUCAAGCAGAAGGAGUAUGCCUGAAGGCUGGGGGAAACAUUGUAGAGCGGACCAUUGAGAUCGCAGGAGAUGAUAUGGCCCUUCUUCAGCGUGCCGGAAUGCACAGGGAGCUCAUGUUGGAAGCUUCUUCAAAGGAAGAAAACCCACCUCAGUGGCCAUCGUCAGUGCAUGUCUUUGAUGAUAAUCCUGACACAAUCCAACAAGUGAACGCAACCAUCAUGGACACCUUUGCCGUGCUGGGGCCGCUGGAGACCGGGAAAUUUAGCUCGGAACGUGUCGCCUUCCUUUUCAAGCCUGGACGUUAUGAGCUGGAUGUGCCGGUGGGCUACUACACCCAAGUCAUUGGCCUGGGAGCGCGGCCAAAAGAUGUAUCCUUCACUGGUACGCGGGGACUGUAUGGGCCCAGCGAGGAUGACAACAACAAUUUCAACACUUUCUGGAAGGCGGCCGAGAAUUUUGCCAACAAGCCCAGCUCCGGAAGCACCUCUUGGUCCGUCUCACAAGCCGCUCCCCUACGACGAGCUUACGUCAAAGGAGACCUGCUUUUUGGCACCUACAAUGGCUCGACACCAUCCGAAGGGAGCGGCGGCUUUGUUGCAAACGUGAAGGUCGACGGCCGAUUAGAUCUAGUGCGACAACAGCAGUGGAUGAUACGGAACUGCAAGGUGGACAGCACCUUCUACUUCAAUGAUCCAUCCAGAGCUGCAAACUUUGUUUUUAUGGGCACAAGCGGAUGGACUCCAACUCCAACGACAACCUGCACAAAUACGUCGGUCAACCCCACCAGCCCCAGCCCACAAGAGCUUGGUAGAUCACAUGCACCGGUCAUCGUGGACAAACCUUACAUAACCAUUGAUGCCAAUGGCAGGUACAGUCUUCGAAUACCGCAGCUGCAAAGAUCUGCGCGUGGUGUAACUUGGAAUGCGGAAGAGGCGAUCGUUGACUUUGAGGAGGUCUUUGUCGCAACAAACGCCACAGAUCUUGCCAUGAUCAAUGCCAAGCUUGCAUUAGGCCGACAUGUCAUUCUGGCACCAGGCAUUUAUCACUUACCUGCCCCCAUCAGGGUUGGAUUUAAUUCGUCAGCCCGUCAGCAAGUUUUGCUGGGCUUGGGCAUGGCAACCCUUGUUCCAACCAAUGGCAACUCAGUGGUGGAAAUUGGUGCAGCAACAGGGGUCAGGGUAGCAGGACUCUUGCUUCAAGCCGGUCCGAUCCAUUCAAAGCGGUUGCUGUGGUGGAAGCCUUCCAGUGGCAACCCGAACAAUCCUGGACUUAUUGCAGAUGUUUUUGCACGAGUUGGUGGACCUGACACGGAGCUUGUCUCGGCAAAGACCAUGUUUGAAGUGAGUGGCAACCACGUGAUCCUGGACAAUGUUUGGGCUUGGCGUGCAGACUGCUGCCAGGAUGGUUGUGGCGCCUGCGCAAUCAGGUACUGUGACCAUGGAGUUGUGGUCAAUGGCGAUGAUGUGGUGUCUUAUGGCCUUUUCUCUGAGCAUUGUGAGAAGGAUUUGGUUGUUUGGAACGGAGAAAGAGGAGCCACUUUCUUCUAUCAGAGCGAAAUGGACUCUUUUGCACGGCAGGAUUGGGACAAGACACCGAACUAUGGGGCAAAUGGUGUGAGUGGCUACAGGGUCAAUGCAUUGAACCACACAGGCAUCGGCAUUGGGGUUUAUGCUUACUUUGUGGAAGAAGGAAAUAUUGUGAAAGCAGGUAUAGCACUGAAGCAUGCUGCAACAGUAAAAGGCUUUGUUUGCCCAUUCUACUGGAACUUGAAUUCUGCGUGGUAUGAUAACUUCGAGAGUGGCAUCAAGGCAGCAGUUCGCGUAGUGGGAACCAACAGCAGCACCUACAAUCGCCAUCACUCGGAGGGGGAUGUUCAAUCGUACACAUUUUGAGGGGAAUGGAGCAGACGCUUGAAUUCUCCAGCAGCCUUUUCGAUUGUCCAUCCUUUACUGUUCUUGGAUCAUUCGUGUUCAAUAGAUGUCGAAUGUAGACUCUGCCUCCUGCCGCUGCUGAUUCAGCAGGUGCUGCGUGACAUUGCCAGAUCCCAACCGAAUCCAAACCAUUUUCACCUGACUUGAACCCGCAAGGAACAUGACGCCUGUAGCCUGAAGAAAGCCAAAGCUAGCUGACUCUGCGCACGACCAGUCGAUCCGCAAUGUACUUUGGAGCAUAGGCUUGACGCAGGCGCACUCAGGUGCACAGCCUUUCUAUUAGCUUUUGACAUGGCAUAGAUGUCUUUUCACGAGGACUAGUUUGGCAUAGUUUGACCGUCUUAUUUCAUCAGCCAUCAGCGAAAUUUUUGGGGCGCCCAAGGGCUCUCUGAAGACGCAAAAGCCGCAAGAGACCCGGGUUGCUUGGAUGAGGCAGCACAUGGCCAGUAAGUC